GAUUGGCUGAGAGCGGCAGCAGCUGAACAAAGCGUAUAGCCCGCUGUUGCUGCUGCUGCUUCAAGAAUCAGGUCUCCGGGUCUGCUGCUGCCUACAGGUUAGUGCAAACAUACCUAUCUAAUAUCUAAGUAUACAAAUGUCCACGAACGUCAGCUGCUUGUUGAGCCACUGUUUGAUUCAGAGAAACACCAAGAGCGUGAUGCAUUAACGGAGACUCAGAAAAACAACUACUCUCCUCUUACUGUCGGCUUUAAAUAGACCGGAGUCUAGCCUCGUUUUAUGUCUUUUCUCGAUAUCACAUCUUCAUUUCCGUUUAUCUGCUAAUGUUCACGUCGACUGUGUGUUCAGUCUGUUAAGUGGAACAUCGUGUUCAUCCCUGCUAUCAGUCUUUUUCAGGGGGGAAAUGAAUGUGUGUCACACGAACAUGAUCCUCCAAGAUUAAAGAUAUGAACACGUAGCAACAGGACCGAUCAGCGUAUGAGAGAUUGCACUUUGUUUUGAAACAUAAUGCCUUAUUUUUAAUCUUCACCUCGCCUACUUUUCAAUCUAACUGGCCUGCACACGGGUUGUUUGGUAGUAAAAUUAGAUUAUAAUGAGUGGAAAAGGGGGACAAUGCCACCAUUAUCAAGCGCAUGUCGUGGCAUCCGCGCCAUAUCAACGAGUUUCAGGAUGUGCGUCUGACCUGCUAACCUCAAACUAGGAGGUUACUAGGAAACCAUUCAGCAGGAAACCAUUUUUUUUCGGGAUUUAGUCUCCUCCGUGUAUUCAGAGAGUUUCAUUCAUUUUCCACGCGGCUCGAGGUUAUUGUUUCACUCUCAUGACACUUGUUUGAGUUUGAGCCACGCCACAGUAAAGUUUAGAUGCUGCUUCUCAUGUUCAGUGACCCACGGUGAGGCAUUCAAGUGUAGUUUUUUCCGCAUUUCUUGUGCGACUGAUUGUUGGGUUUAGAUAGCCUACCUAAAAAUAUCACAAGAAAACACUGUAGGCCUAUCCAAACAUGUAUUUUUAAACGAGUCUCUGUAAUACCACGGCAGCAUUGUAAAUUGGCCAAACUCACUGAUUCUGUUUCAGCCUUUUCCACUUUUAUAUUAAGUUUACGAUAUUUUUCUUCAGAUAUGAUCUGAAAUAUGCCUGUAUCAUAAAGUCAAGCUGAAAUUAAACUUGAAGUUAAAGUUAUGGGCCUUGUUAAAAACUAGUCCAAAACAUAGCCUAGAUCAGUGUUUCUCAACUGGUGGGUCCCGACCCAAUAGUGGGUCAUGGAUAAGUUUUGGAUGCAGUGUUGUUUUUUCAUUGACGAUGAUGUUUGAAAUAUUUCGUCAACGUCGUUGUUAACGAAAACAACACUGCUCCAGUAUGUUUAGCGUUUGACUGACGAAAUGCUCAUGAAUUUUGCAACUCUGUUCGUCGUCCACCACUAACUUUUUUGUCUAAUCUCAUCUCGUCAACGUAAACGCACAUUCGUCUCAUCACAUUUUAGUCAUCCAAGACAUAUGUUUAGCUCGUCAACGUAACGUCUUGGUUGUGGAAAAAAAGGGGUGUUGACGAAAUAUUUUCAUCAAUGAAAACAACACUGUUUGGAUGGCUUGGGAACAGCUGGUCAAAAAAGUACAUAUGUAACACACAUCUGAUCUUUGACAUGUCUUUUAUUUUGAAAAUUAGCUUAUUUUGUGCAAUUUGAUAUUUAUUUGAUAUUCAAUAUUUUCUGUACAUGCAACUUUGGUAGUUGCCGGCCUCCGUUCAUGUGCUCUGAAAUGCACUUUACACAAUAAAAUGGAUGUAUUUAUGUUAAAGAUUAGAGUCUUUAAGGGUUAUUUUUAUAAAAAAUAAAUUUGCUGGGAUUGAAUUUUAUAAAAGUGGGUUGCGACUUAAGGACCAUGGCAAAAUGUGGGUCCCUGAGUGAGACCAGUGGAGAACCACUGGCCUAGAUGAUAUGUUGGUCUGUCUUUGUGUGCUUGCCCACUCUUUAUUUUACAGCUUAAACCCACAAUAUCAUUUAAUGAUAUUCCAGAUUUAUAUUAUUGCCACUAUUCAGCUCCAAUCGUGAGAAAGUUUGUCUCUAAUCAAAUAGGAAAGAAUCUUUGUUUGGUGGAGCACUGUGAGGAUGAUGGGUGUGCUAACAGAGCUAGCGAACAAGUUGGUGAGAGUAUGUGUUGAUUGUUUUUACAAUUUUAUUGUUGUGUUUACACGUUGAAUACACUACACGUUGAAUUAUGAACUUAGUUUUUCAAAGGACGGAAGAACAAUGAUACAUUAUAUUGUGUGCCUUUAGACUGUGCUGCCCACUCUAGAGAGACGGAUAUUAUUCAGUGUAGAGACUGGACUGUCUAUUAUUUAGCUAGCAUACUAGAAGUGACAGGCAGAGGUCAGACUCUGUCAGUGAUAUGACCAAGUCUAAGAUAAGAUAGUAAAAAAGACGGGAUGCUUUUGUCAGUCUGCACAGUCUGGAAGCUGUCACUUAAACUUGUUUAUACAUAAAUAUGAACUUGAGUGGCGGAUAUGUGUAUUUGUGCUGAAUAAUGGUUUUCUUCAAGGGAGGGCAUUUAAGUUCAGCAACAUGCUAAGCACUGACGUCUGCGUCUUUAUGGAAAAAUACCUCUCACGGGAAUCUGUGGAAUGCUGCUUGUCUUUUUACUUCCCCGUUACCCGGCGUUUUCAAAACACUAGGUAAUUUCUUUAAAGUCAUGCUGUGUGCAGUCACAUGGGCAGUUACAGACAGGACUGCAGUCAAGUAACCACCCAGACUCAAUCAUGCUUAUUUUUGCCCUUGAAUAUAGGAGGAGCUUUCAUCUGAGCAAACAGAGAGGACACUUAGCCGUUGUCGUAGUCAUCACUGGUUAAAACCACUAUCAAGCGAUCUGCCUGUUUUGGGUAUGUUAGCAUGCAAGCAGACUGUGCUAGCUGAUGUUUACAAAACAGUGAAGAGCUUCUCUCAUAAGGAGGGAAUUUAAGCUCAGGGCAGGCGCUUUGAAAAGUUAUCUCACUAGCUUUUUGUGUGGUGACUCAUUGAUUAAAAUUUAAGGAAUCCAGUGAAGGCAGUGAGAUUAAUAUACAAAGAGAUAAGUAUACAGUCUGUCGAGAAGGGUUUGUUCUACCCUAAUAUUAAAGGGAUUACAAAUGAGUAACUAUAAGUGAUGAGAUGUGAUGCCCCUGCAAUAAGAUUAUUUUCUCUUCAGGCUGCAUUUAUGCCCACAGGGCCCGGUUUAUCAGAAAAUCCUCAAUUUCAAGAAGGAUUAAACCUUGUUGUCCCUGUGAGAAAGUUUGUCUUUUGUUUUCACAAAACAACUUUUUUAUUUGAUGACAAAGAAAUGAUAAUUGGCAGCUUAAAGUUUCCUCAGAUUUGACAGAGGGUGACCUGUGUUUUUUGAACAGACAGUAUGUUCUCCCUGACCUGCAUUGUUGAGGUUGUGCCUCCUGAUGCUGUGCUGGUAACUGUUGAAGGGUGCAUGACCUUUGUUCCACUUCACAAAUCCCAUCCUCCUCCCUCUCUGCCCAUGUGCGUUUCUCCACCGAGUGACCAUGUGACUGGGAGUGUGCGGUUUCAUCAGAAGGGUCAGGACCUGCAGUGUGGAGUCUGGUUGUCUUGUGCAAGGUCAGUCUUUGUGUCCUAAAACCAGGGGGUGAAUAUGACUGGGAGAGGAUGAACAGAAGUCAGACAGAUGUAAGAUGUCACGUUGAAGAUUCGUUAGAAGUAACAGCCAUCCAACAGUCGUUUAGGGACAGAACAGCCGUAACCCUAUCUUUAAUUGACUUGUUGCUGCAUGUCACUCAUGCGUUCAGAGGCUUCGGGUUGUCUCUCCCAGUUCAUGCUGUUACAACUUGCCUUAAGGGUGUAACUCACCCAUAUUAUCAGAGGAACCAUGGUCUAGACUCUGGAGUAUCCUCAUGUCGUGACCCCGUAAACCUACAUGUUAGUGGUUUAAAACCUAUUCAUAAUGAUUGUAUAAUGAUCAAGACUGUUUGUUCCCGGGCAGCUGUUCUCUUUAUCAAAUUGUAGAAUCCACAAUGAGAUUUCAGCACCUGAACUGACGCAGGAAAAUCCAUCAUGCCAGAUUUUCAGAUGUCAACACCUCCUGUGUACAUCGGAGCUGGUUUCCAUAUCAGCAAGUUUAUCAAGUUUAGUUUGGCACAAAGAAGACACCAGCAUCUAGACUACAGCUGCGGCUUGUGUGGUAACGUGUCUGGGUAGUUUCCUCUUUUUCUAUUGAGAAGUUUCAUCAGAGUUUCUGAACAAGUUUGGCCUCAGAUUGAGAAAAAAAUGUGUUGUCUGUAUUUAAAGCUUACUGAUUUACAGAAAUACACAAAUAAUUUUUCAGAGUCAGAGUAGUUGUCUUUAUAUCAAUAACUUCACCUGAUUUGAGGUGAAGAUUUGAACUAGUUAUGAACAAAUUAAAGUUAGUGUCAUUCCUCACAACCUCCUGAACUGUUCGAAUGUCUCUUUAACUACAGUUCAGAGUAUUGACUGACCAAAAAAUUGCUUUGGCCAUGAGUCGUGCGUAAGAGAUUCAGGCAGAUCUUUGUCGGCCCUGAGAGAAAGCUGACAGAGAUUUAAUGGGACUAUCUUGUCAAAAUGAGAUUAAGUGUUGUUUGUUUAAAGUCUCUAUGUGUUAAUCCUCGAGUGAUAAAGUGGUUAUAAUGAGCUUAAAUGAUUUAACCCGAGGCUAAGCACCAGAGCUGACUAGCUGCUCGCCAUCACUACUUUCAGUUUGAGAGUAUUGACUGUCUGAUUUUUUUAUAAAAAGCGGAAGUGUGGUAAGACAACCCCUGUUUUUUUUGUGUGACUUCCUGGUUGUGGUUUGGGGGGAUACUUACAAAACUACAGCCACUGCCUGCUCUCACACUUCAGACUCUGUCAUGUAUCAAAUGAACCAGCUGACCCCCCCCUACUCCCCUCUCCCCCACUUUUUUCCAAUGUCUUGUGUGUGUGCCUGGGUGUGGGGUGACUGUCGAGCUGGCCCUGCCAUUGGUCUGUCAUCCUCACAGGCCAAGUAUGGAGAGUGGAGGAGGUGGUGGUGGUGGUAGUGGGGGGUUACUGGAGUACCUUUUGCCUUCAACAACUCUCGGCCAAGCAGGACACAAGUGAUAUUUGCCUGCUGUUGGCCAUCUGACAUAAAGAUGCAUACUGUGGAGACACACACUCAGAGAGGAUAGCUGUUAUCCUUCGCCGUAAUGAAGUGACUUAUAAAUGACAAAAUUAUGUCAAUUACACAAUCGAUAUGGAAAUUCAGGGCUACGUAAUCCCAAUGAAAGAGCUACAUGUUCAAAUAGAAAAAGAAGAGAGGGUCCGAUUUGUAACUCUAAAAAUCACAGAGGUGAUAAACAGUAUAUUAAACUUCUUGAAAUGUCUGAGUCUUUGAUACUUUUCGAUACCACAGUCGCUGUUAUAUAUUUGCGAAACAAAAUUGAGAAUCACCAAAGUCUAUGAAAAAACUAGAUCCACGCUCAUGUGUUCAAGCAUAAGUAAUGAAAAGUGAGAACGAGCAACGGAGGUCAGAGGACAUGGAGAUGAGGUCAAGAGGACUGUAUUAAGCUAACGAAGCAGCAAAUUAAAACUGAAAAGUUAUUUUCUGAUUGUUUCAAAUCGUUACACUCUUAAUAAAGAACUUACAGACAUGUUGAGAUUUUCUCUCAAAGGAUUCAGGACUUGUUCGAUUUGGUUUGUUUGCAGCUGAAGUCUCACUGGGUCUGCUUUGGACAGAGAGCAGAGGAAUGAGACAACAAUAGCGGCCAGUUCCUUUUGUAUAUUUUUUGUCAGUCCUAACAGGUUGUUGACAGAGCAACUCAACUACACUGAACAAUGAUUGAGACCAUUAAAUAAUCAAAUUUAUUAAAAAAAGUAAAUACAGACAGAGAAAAUACUGCCUGAGUAAAUUCUUAGUUUUGGUGCUACAUUAUUUUCACAUUAUUUUAUUUUAUGUUUGAUUACAGCAGUCUUUGUAAAGUGACUCCUCUUCCAGCACCAUGUGCAGGUCGGUUACAACAACAAAACUAACUAUCCUUGGUGCCCAGACAUUUAUUUUUUGUAUUGAAAAAAGUAUAAAAUUAUCAUUCAUAUUUUUCUGGUAUCAUAUAGAAAUUCAAAAUGCGGAUAUUGUGACGACAACCCUACUAUUGUUUGUUUGUUUGUUUGAUUAGGGCUUUACUGGAUAAUGGCAGUAUUGAAGUGUAUUCUGUGUGAUUAGAUACUUGGAAUUAUCCAAUAAUGAAUAUUCUUUUAGACCAGCAUUGUGUUAUUGUAACACUAUAACAGGAAACAUCCAGAAAGUGAUCUAUACAGUAUUUAAUUUUACGCAUAUUCAGUAAAGAGAUGUAUAACAAGGUUGAGAGCAGAAUUUAUCCACAUCCAUCUUUACUAUGUUUCAACAGAAUACACACAUCUGUCACACACACACCACUCAGAUCCAUGUGUAUCAAUCCACAGUCACAGCCGAUCACACUGACUCUGCUCUCAGGCCCACCAGUUUUUACCCUGUCUGUGCUAUGGUGGAUUACUUUAACAGGAAGUAGUGUUAGUGUGAGCAUACUCUAAAAUAUACGUGUGAAGAUAGAGGGACUCUGUUAGCGUAUCAUGGAGCACAUGUAGAUCUUGUAAUUUGGUGACAUACAGCGUGUCCUGAUAAUAUUGUAUUAGAUAAUGCUCAGUUCGUGUGAAAUAUAGAUCACUGAAACUUUGUUUUAGUCGCUCAGAUUAUCAGUUCUGGGUCAGAUAGCGCUGAUUGAGUUUAUGUCUGCAUACGUUUCAGACUACUUUAACACAGAAACAUGAGCACAAAUCAACGAACAGCCAGUUGUAACCCAGAACAAACAACAUGACAGCAAAUAUUCAGAGGAUGAAAACUUUUAUGGUCUUAAAUCAACAUGCUUGUUGAAAUCUGCUCCGGUGAGUGGCUGGCUCUGCCUCACACGUCUGUGUGUCUGUUUGGAGGGGGCGUGUUUCUGCUAUUCAUAGUGGUGAGAACCUCAGAGGUCUAUUAGAGGUCAGUUGUGAGUCCCUCUAAUAGAUACUGCUGCAGCUCUGGGCCUUCAGAUAACUACACCUCUCCGCGUCUGGACACAGUCUCUACCUUUCUUCAUAAACACACGGCAGGACUGUGAGUACAGAGAUUUAAUAUAUAUCAAGCUGUUGAGGAUAAGUUUUGAAUAGUUAAGCUGUGUUUAAGAUUGUAUAAAAGUUGACUGGAGGGAUCUUCUCUGUCAGGGAGACUAUAGCAACACUUGCAAGACUCAGAGGAGAGUUUUUGAGGUUUAUUUAAGGGAUCUUUGUUUCUAUAAUUUGGUUUUAAAAGGACAAAUGGAGUUAAAAAGACUCAUAGAAUCGUCUUCUUAUUUUACAUAGUGAAAUUAGGAAAUUAACCACCGAUCUCCUCUUGCUCUUCUGGCAUAUUAAAGAUUGAUAAUACUAUAAUUAAAGUGUAACUUAGAUUACCAGCUGAUAAACUGGUAGUCUGUAACAUUUUGCACAACACUUUGUCCCAGUUGGCACUGAUCCCAUGCAUCAUGGGCUGCUGGUUAAUAAUAGAAGUAGGUGAGAAGUCAAUUGUUUCUUCCGUGUAGGUGAUUUCUUCAUUUUCUCUCUCUGUUUUAUUCUAAAGGUCAAAUAAGGUGAAGUUAUUGAUAUGAAGCCAACUACUCUGACUCUGAAAAAUCAGGGUAAAGAUAGAAAGCUAUUUAUUUGUGUAUUUCUGUAAUCAGAUAUGCUGAUCGAAAAAAAAACCUGACACACCCCAUCAUCUUCAGAUUAGACAUUUGGUUAUUUUAUAUUAAUAUUUAAUCAGAUGGCACGGACAGCUUCUGAAAAUCAUUAAUUUGAGAUAUUUAGUUAUUCUGUCACAUACUGAAUUCAUUGCUGUGUCAUUCGGGCCAAAAAGACUCACUUCCCCUCAGACAGAAGUGUAGUGUGCAGCGUGUCUGUGGUGCUCGUGUCCUUAUAUCACCGUGGAGACUGGACUGGAGUCAUGUUUCCUUCCUGUGUCUUUGUGUCCAAGUGCACAACUGCUGAACAGGCGAGAACAUCUUCCUCCGGUACACGACACAUGUGGAAGCCGAGAGCAAACACAAACACAAAGAAGAAUUAUUCAGAGGCGUUUUUCAGCCACGUGUUAUUAAUGAAGCUUUUAAUUUUAAAUGUUUGAGUUCGCUCCAGGAACGCUUAGCUUAGUGUAUUAACAGUCUCAUAAAACAGAGGAUGCAGGACAUAAAAAGGUUCUGGUCAUGUUUGAAUGUCCUGUCUUUUUAAACAACACGUUAGUACCGACAUUUUAUAUGGGCUGGGAGUGAUGCACUUUGUUUAAACAGCAUCUUCGCUGUAUAGGCCAUAUUACACUGUACCGCUGACCCAGAGUUUAUAGGGGGUCAUAAAACAAAACCUGAACAGGGUCUGAGAAGUAAAAUGAAUUUAUUGAAUGGGAAAUGAAUAGAUGAUGUCUAUUAAAAUAACGGCUAAUAAAACAAAUUGGACCUAACUUUGAAAAUGCUGUUCUUUUCUGUAGCUAUCAUCAGUUUCAACAUAUUUCACUUCAUUUACUGUUGGCCUGGGGAAAUCCUGUAGAUGUGAAAAACAAAAAAACCAACUGAGAUGUCACUUGACCGACUUAAAUUAUGUGGUGUUACCGUAAAAUUGUCUGCGCUAAAUUCUGUAUCACAGAUACAUGUAGUUGGAUCCAUGUUUGGAGUAUUAUUCAUGUCUUAAGCGUACAAGUGGUGUUUUACGAAACCUUCUCAUACCAGCGCUGUAUCUGAUGAGACUUUGCUUGGCAGAAGUGGGGUGUAAUCUCAAAAUGCUGAAUGUUGUCAUUCAAAGGUUUUUUUUUACUGCGUAAAUAGAAGUUUAGAAACUUGUCCUCUUGGUUCUGACCUCUAUGAGCCAAAAGCUAGAUAAUGAUCUGUUGGUUUAAAUUCAUUUAUACUCUUCAUUGGUGGAUUGACUAUCAGCUGAGAUAAUCCGUCCGUCAAUCAACAGAACUAACCUAGGGAUGGAUCGAGGAUUUAUCACAGUGUGUGUAACGGCACUGUUUUAUAUCCUUCUGACGUGUUUCUUUCACUUCCAAACUUAGCACAAGAAAAUCUUUUAAAGUAAAAGAAGUUCAAAAAGAGUAAAUAUGUAGAAAUAGAAAAUGUCAUUUGGGGUUAAUUCAGAAAUGGGUUUAUUUGACAUGGGUUGUGAAUGGGUCCUCUGUUCUCAGAGUAAUGGCAGCUCUAAUGUUGCUGUGUAAUGCUCUGAAACAAGAGGCCCAUUGAUAAAGAGAUAACUUUACAUCCUGCUGCAUUGCCACAUCCUUGAGGGAGUCAGCGGGAUCAGCAUUUCAGAUGAUUUAUAUAAGAUAUCUCCGAGCUGAAUGAGAUCAGAUGAGAUCAGAUACACGCACAUGCCGGGAGAGGAGAAAAUCAAGACUGAGGGAUUCUGUCUGUUUCUUUUUUAGGGUCCAUUGAAGAACCACAAUGCAGGCUCAGGAAGUCCUGAGACAUUUGCGGAUUCCAGAGCUAGAAGAUCUUCGGCAGUAUGUCCGCGGCUUACCCACCAACGCACUCAUGGGCAUGGGAGCCUUUGCUGCAAUCACAACAUACUGGUUUGCCACGCGGCCAAAAGCCCUAAAACCAGCAUGUGACCUUGGGAUGCAGUCUGUGGAAGUGCCUGUAAGUGACCCCCUUUACUAUCUGACAUAAAUGAGUUCUUGCAGUGAGAGUCUUACAGCACAGGCAUGACCCGUUCAUCAGCCUUCUUAUGUUGAAAAUUGGGAGGAUAACUGAAGCAUGAUUCAAUUUCCGGGAAAGUGAAAGGAAAUGAAACGUCAUUCAACAGGAAUGUGAACUAAAUCCUCUGCAGACGCUUGAAUCACAGCUGUUUGGAAACUCCUCACAAUUACUGUACUCGCCUCCACAUCCUUGUUUUUGGUCUCAUCAAAGAGCUUAAGAGUUGACCUGGUUAUCGCUUUAAGCCCAUGUGGGAGUUUUGGGUAGACAACCUAAAAUCAAAACAGAUGUCUUUUCAGCAGUUAUGUUAUAAUUUUUAAUAUCUGGACCAGUAUGACGGGGUAGGUGUCAGGUGAUACAAAGUAUGGCAUGCUAAAGAAACAGCCUCUAUCACUUUUAACUUGACUGGCUAUCAUAAAGUGAAAGUGAAAGUAGAGGUAACUUAUUUUAACAAUGGUUUAUGGAGAAAGAUGUGGUCUACCCCUGAUCUAUAAAGCACAAAUAAAUAUUUGAUGUAAGGGAUCCUGUAUGGUGAACAGGUAUUUGUGGGGUGAGACUAGAUUCCAGUGUGGAGCAGAGGGAUGUAGUCUGCAGACAGAAGAGCAUGUACAUGUGUUAUGUCUGCAAAUAGUGAAAAACUAAAUGGGCUUUCUGAUGGCGUGUAAAAUGUUUCAGUAGCUUACACUUGAAACUAAAUGAGCACUUUGGUUAAAGUCACUAAAAAUGAGCUAGAUUGCUGGGCAGACUUAGUGCUGUAUACAGAGAACUGUAACCUAGCUUGCAUGCAGUUUCUUAUUGACAAAGUAAUCUGUCGUCCCACUGAGCAAUAGACGGCUAAUAGACAUCUAUUUUUUUGUUGUUGUUUUUUUUAGACCUAAUUUCAACUGUCUGGAUUCUGUGUAUUUUUAGACAGAAUUUAGCCGUUACACUUUAACCCAUUAUUCGAUAAUUAUUUAUUUCAAAAAGCAACUGUGAGUUCCAAAACUGAUCUCCAAGUACUUCACCAAAAUAAUUAUGAUAGCCGUUGAGCAAAAUACAGUGUAGUAGAUAAAGCCCAGAUUUAGACUUGGUCUAAAUUUAGACAUCUGAAAAACUAUUAUUUUUAGACCUGUGGUAGCCUGAUUUAGAUGUCUAUUAGACCUCUUUCAGACCAAAAAUUGUAACUCAUGCAGCCCCACUUUAUUAAUACCGAACUGUCUCUUUAAUUGUCCCAUUUCACAGAUUUAUCCGUUUUUCAACAAACAAGUUGUUUUAUAUUUUGUAUUCAUGAAACACCUAAUUAAUGUCCAAAUUUCAGAGUUCAGUUUAGUUGACUAAGCCUAGGUAAGUAAUCUAUGAAAGUGUUGAUGCUUCUAAAUUAAAUACAGCCAGCAUCGUAGAUUCAGUUUGGGCAUCAUGAUUAAAUGAUGUUUACAAUUGAAGUUAAAAAAAAAGCUAAUUUGAGUCUUAUAAGGAUAAUCAGACUUCAUGGUGUGGCGCUCUCAGCGUUAAAAUUCUCUGACCUGCUUUGGCCGACUUCUUCACCUUAUUUCGUCAACUGCUGAUCGAGAACUGUGAAGGAUAUUUGUUUGUUACUCAGUGUAUCACGGAGAAACAAUCGUAAAUUUAAAUCUCUGUAAUUAAUCUUAUAAAUUUAGUCAGUGCUUGUUUGAACUUUGAGUUUUGUUGGUUUAGGGGGGUGAGCGUGCCAGGAGGUCUGUACUAAACGACGGCAACGAGCUUAUGACACACUUCUACAGCGACGCACGCACAAUAUAUGAGGUGUUCCUACGAGGGCUCAGGGUAUCAAGUGAGUGCAUCUCUUAUACAAGAUCAAUAUUAGCCUUCUUGAAGGUUUGAAACGACAGUUCGUCAUUCACAUAACCAUUAAAGGGAGCUCUACAUUUCCUUGCAGAUGAUGGUCCUUGUCUGGGAUCGAGGAAACCAAACCAGCCGUACGAGUGGCAGUCAUAUAAAGAGGUGAGGCAUCUAGAAUUUGUCCGUUUGCUACACAAACUGAGUUAAGAUUCGUUUUAAAUAAGAUCUGUUCAUUUGCUUUGCACAGGUGGCAGACAGAGCCGAGCAUAUCGGUUCAGCUCUCCUCCACAGAGGACACUCUCACACAGGAGACAAAUACAUCGGCAUUUUCUCCCAGAACAGACCAGAGGUACGACACAUGCCUUCACCCUGAGGCAACCUUCACAGUUUUAAAUCUAGGGGCCGACUUUUCACCCCCACAGUUUCAUCUUUUCUUAUGUCAAAUUUUUUUCCCUGUUUCGUCUCUCAGUGGACCAUAUCAGAGCUGGCCUGUUACACAUACUCCUUGGUGGCCGUUCCUUUGUACGACACGCUCGGCAGAGAGGCGAUUGGCUAUGUUAUUGACAAAGGUGCACAGAGGGGAAUCGUCACUCACUUAGCCUAAACACACAGCCUUUGGCACAAACACCCCCUACCUAGAUCAUGCCACAAGCUAAUUGAAAUUGUGUGCUGUCUUUUUUUUUUCAGCGUCUAUCGCAACUGUGAUUUGUGACGUCCCUGAGAAAGCCAAGAUGAUUCUGGACUGUGUUGGAGGAAAAGGAAAAACUGUGAAGACGAUUGUGCUUAUAGAGGCGUUCGACAGCGACCUGGUGACCCGUGGACAGGAGAACGGGAUUGAGAUUCUGAGUUUAAAAGAAUUUGAAGUGAGAAUAACAUAAUCCUCCUUUUCUUUGUUGAUCUUUCAAAGCUGUUGUACGGUGUAACACAUUUUCAUUGAGCAUGGAGGACGGAAAUGAAAAUUUGCCCUGGCUCCUCUUGAUUGUAUUUGCGAUACACUGCGGUUCAGUCACGUUCUGUUUUGAGCUUCAUGGAAACGAGGCCCUGAGGUGUUGUUUAUUAGAUAAUAAGAUUGCUUCCUGCAGACAAACCAUAGCUCAUGUCACAUUAUUUCUUUUUCCAGGCCUUAGGUGAAGCACAUCACCAGAAACCACUGGUGAGUAAGAACCAUCUGUUUCAUCUCUCAAAGGAUAAAAGCUUUUAACCCAUGCAAAAUUACAAAGAUCCACCAUAAAGCAUCUCACUCAUUUAGAGUCUAGCCGUCACAUGCAUCAGUGUAGAUGUGUCUCUUUACAGCCUCCUACACCAGAAGACCUCGCACUUGUCUGCUUCACAUCAGGAACCACAGGUAAUCACACAACCUGCCACAACUUGAACCUUUUGAUAAUGUUAUUUUAUUUCUAACCUCAUGAAUAAUCACGACCAUCAUAUCCCUUUCAGGAAAUCCAAAAGGUGCCAUGCUUACUCACCAGAAUGUAAUCUCCAACACUGCCGCUUUCAUUAAAAUAACCCAGGUAAACAAACACCGGAGCUUGACUUGAAAAAUGUCAAAUUUAACGUAUUUAAAGAUGAAUAACAUGUUUAAUCAUGAAGGUUGGACUCUGGAGCUUUUUUGUUUUUAAAGGUAGGAAGUUGGUUUGAUUCACUCACUUAGUCUCUCUGGACAGUGUCCUCUGUUAAUAUUUAUGUGAUAUGAUAAAAAUGGGGAUACCUCCAAAAGUCAAGUCACGAUGAGAUUUAAGUUCAGUCUACUCCGAGGUGAAGCAGCAAAUUUAGGGCCACUCACUUCUAGGGCUGGGACGAUAUGCUUUUCUCCCGAUUCGAUUCUUCUACGAUUUUUUUGGUGCCGAUUCGGUUAAAUUCUGAUUCUACAAUAUUGUCAAUUUUCUCGAUCUUUGGUCUGCAUUUCUAACACCAGUGAAACAGUUGAAUGAUUAUUACUGCGUUCGAGUUACCUCAGAGGUCAGAGGUCUGAGCUGAAAAUGACGUUACACCCGAGUUACCAGCAUUUCACUUACCACGUCAGAAAAAAGCAAAAUCGGAGGCCUGAAACAAGAUGGCUACAUCUACAAAAGUAAUUCUAGCGCUUGCCUUGUCCGAAUAUAAGGCAAGCACUAAAAAGGCCUCCAAUUUUUCUUUUUUCUGACUUGGUGACUGAAACACUGGGAACUUGGGUGUGACGUCAUUUUCAGCUCCGACAUCUGACUUCCAAGGUAACUCGAACGCAGCAUUGGAUUGUCUCCUGACUAUUCCAGGAACCAUAUUUCCCCAAAAAAUACACAUCACAUGUAAGUCAGUUUUUAAGAUUUUUUCUUAAAUUUGAAAAAAAAAAAAAAAAAAAGUGUUUUUUUAACAUAAAAAUUGAUUUAAAAAAUUGUAAAACAAAAAAUCGUAAUAAUUAUGUGAAUAAUUUUUUUAAUCCCGCCUCUACUCACUUCAUUUGUUUAACUACUAGUGUCGAGUUUAAGUACCAACACUGCAGUACACUGCCACCCUUAAAUAUGAAAUACAGUUAUCAUAGAGGUGAUGUCAAAUACAGAGUAAGAAGAAGAAAAAAAAACUACAGCCAGAUUCCUUUUCCAGUUUGAGUCACUCCAUCAUGACCCCAAUAAGGUUAUCUUCAUUUUUCUAUUACUCAGUUAAUCAGAUAUGGUGAUGUAACAUUUUACCACCAUCCCGCAAUCUAUCAACAAUCACAGCACGGAUGUAUUGUGAUAUUGUUCUUAUCAAAGAGCAGAUAUUGAAUAUUAUUGAGAGUUAUCCUGAACUCCUUCACCCCUAUUUAAACCAUUAUUAUGUAAAUAACAGCAAAGGUUGUCAUUUAUAUUAGUAUGAAGUGCUGAAAGAAACAUCCUCACCUUUGCUUCUACAUCUCCCUUUGCCUGUCUCUUGUAAUUUAGAUCUCAGGGUAGAUAAAUGUGCACUGAGCUGUUUGACGGACCCUGUCUGAUCUCCUUCAUAUUUCCUUUCUUACUUGCCUCUGUUACCUCUCCUUUUUCCCCAUUCAUCCUCCUCCUCCUUCUCCUCCUCUAUGUACUUGUGUAUGGUGUGGUCCAGGACACACUGAAGCCCAGCAAUAAAGAUGUCCUGAUCUCCUAUCUCCCUUUGGCCCACAUGUUUGAGAGGGUGGUGGAGGUACAGUACACCAUGUGUGACCUGCAAACAUGCAUGUGUUUUGUUUUGUGUGUCUCCUGCAGGUGCACUGCAUGCUGGAUCUCCGUGAUAUUCAUAUAUCCUAUCUCCCCCUAGCUCACAUGUUUGAGAGGGUUGUACAGGUAUGUGUUGGAACUAACAUGUUUUUAUUCUGAAACUGUAAGAGGAAACUGAGCCAUCUGGGGUGUUGAAGAACCCUGUGUUUAUGAUUUCAGUGACAUUUGAUGGUGUCCAGUUUGUAUAUUUUGGUGCUGAGAAUUAAACAUUUUUUAAAUCCAAUUUUAAUUUUUAAAGGGAGAUUCCAGAGUAAAAUUACUUUAGGGUCAAACACACCGUAACACCGAGUGGACACCGCCUCGAGAGAUGAAUUUUCCCGACCGCUUGCUUUUCUAGUUAUACCAACUUUAGUAACAACUGUAGGAUUGCAAUACACAGUGUUCUGAGGAGCCUCAAACAAACCUCAACCAAAACGCCACUGUAUAGCCACAAAUAAUGCUCAGAACAGCACCUAACUUCAUCAACAGGACAUAUAGGGUCCUAGCCACAGCACUAGCCACCAAACAUCUUUUAAGCUUUGACUAAUUUCUUUAUCAAAGAGACUAAACGCAACUCACCUACUCUCUUUCAGCAGCUGCUUUGUUGUAGCGAGACUUCAGGCCAGUCCAUUACGGACUGCAGCGAGGUGACGCAGCUCGAGGAAGAACAUCUAUGAUCCUAACUUCUGUAACUAGAGAAGCAAGCGGUCAGCAACAUUCAUCUCUCGAGAGGGUAUCUAACUUGGUGUUAGGGUGUGUUUGACCCUGACUUAAUUUUAUGCCGGAAUAUCCCUUUUUAAGUUUGCAUCACACCAAGUGAGAUGUGUUUUGACUGAAAAAUGAAAUGCUGAUGCUGACGACAUGUUUAUAACCAUUGAAAUCAAGCACCAAAAUUGCUGCUGUGGCACUGAAUCUUGGACCUGGGUGCUGUGGCAAAAGCAUUUAAACUUCUUGAAGGACAAUGUUUACUUGUGUGUUAUGAAGUGAAACUAAAACUGCCUUCCAUGUGUCAGUGAACUUCAUGUCCUGUACACUUCAGAGGAACCUGGCUUUUAACCCGACCUCUUUGCAGCAGUAUUAGUCACGGUCUCUGAAUGCACCAAAUUCAGGAGCGGAUUCGAGCUACUGUUCAAAUGUAUUCAUUCAGAUGUGAAAUCAAACACUGCCCUCUUGUGGGUGAAAUUUAACUUGCACUAAGAAUAAACUGUCCUCAUCAGGGUGUCAUCCUCAUUCAUGGCGCUCGAAUCGGGUACUUUCAAGGAGACAUUAGACUUUUGAUGGAUGAUUUGAAAACACUGCAGCCAACAGUCUUUCCUGUGGUCCCACGUCUCCUCAACCGCAUGUUUGACAAGGUCAGUCAAAGUCUCUUUUUUUUUAAUUUAUUUAACAAUCAUGUACUUUGUUCUGAAAGUCUUAAGCUGUUUUGGAAUUUCUAAAUAUUCUGUUUAUUUACUGACUAAUUUAGCUUCGGUUUCAAUUUCUCUGCUUUUCAUGUUUUUAUGACACUCGUGAUUAUUUCUGUCCGAUUUCUCCACAGGUCUUCAGUCAAGCAAACACACCUCUGAAGAAAUGGCUGCUAGAUUUUGCUUUCAGGAGGAAGGAGGCAGACCUUAAAAGUGGUGUGGUCAGAAGAGACAGCAUGUGGGACAAACUUAUCUUCAAGAAAGUGCAGGUAAACUUGGCCUAACCUUUUCCAGCCAACUCCAUUUUGUUCUUAAUUUGCCUUUUUCACCAGCUCGACCAAAUUUCAGCCAAUACUGCUUCUUAAAUACUCAUCAUACUUUUGAUUAGCGCAGUAGAGUAGUUAUGAUUUUGUGUUUAAUUUGGUAUUAAGUUACAAUAUUUUCAAUUUUUAUUUAACAGUCAUGUGAAAAUAAUAGUCGAGUCUGAAUUUCUUAUUUUGAGUCUUAUGUUUGUUCACCCUGUUCAGGCAAGUUUGGGUGGACGUGUCCGACUCAUGAUCACAGGAGCAGCACCAGUUUCUCCAACCAUCCUGACCUUUUUACGAGCUGCACUAGGUUGUCAGGUGAGCCACAUCCACGUGCUCUUUUUAUUAAUAAUAAAAAAAAACUAUGAUUGUCUUGGUUUUACAAAUGUCAUUAAAAAUAUGCCUAUCACUGCAGUUUUAUGAAGGCUACGGUCAAACUGAAUGCACCGCUGGCUGCUCCAUGUCCAUGCCCGGGGACUGGACCGCAGGUAAGAACUACAGGGUUCCUUUGAUAUUUCCGUACCUAUCCGUACCCUACUUUUUAGAAUUCUUUUUGGAAAUACUUACUUUUCUAUUUUAGACAAUAGUAUUUUAGAACUGUGGUAAUCUGGGAACAUAAAUAUUUUUCCACUUGAUUUUUAAUUUUCCAUAAAUUUUAAGACCUGGAAGGUGAUCAAAUGUAUUCCAUACUUGUGUAAGAAUCCUGCAACUAAACGUUUUCAACAAAUUGUCUCUUUAUUUUCAGGCUUAGUGAUAAAUUCUGCACAAUCAUCAUCUAUUUGAACCAAAUUAACUUGAUAUUCCAUGUCUGCAGGUCAUGUCGGACCUCCUCUACCCUGCAAUACUCUUAAACUGGUUGAUGUGGCAGAAAUGAACUAUCUGGCAGCCAACGGAGAGGGAGAGGUGAGAAGAGAGUCUUCCUCAACAUUCAAAAACAUGCAUCGAAUUGGACAUUUUGUUUUUGAGCGGUUUGAAACUGUGAAUCAGUCCUCUGGUAUUACAGAUCAUUUCAGUUUUAGAUGAAAUAAUUUAAGUCCUGAUAGACACCAUUAAAAUAACCAUUCUAGCUGGGAAAUGUGAUUCCUGAAAAAGUACUUUUGUUUUUUUAAAUUAAGCCAUAGCAGCAUUUGUUGAAAAUUAGAAAACAGUAACAUCCUCUUAUCGCAAGACUGUGAACCAUAUUCACUCUUUUCACCAUAGUUUUUACAUAAAAUACUAAAGUAUCACCACACGAACAAAACAGGAUGAGAAUUAAGAAAGGUUGUGACUGAAUUUUCAAGUUAUGUUGCAAUUUAUUGAGAAGAUAUUUAGCUUUUUUAUAGUGCACAAGAAAAAACUUAAAAAACGUAAAUACUGCCCUGUGGUAAUCAAUGUCUAAGUGCUAAAACAUGACACAAGUCUGUCAAAUUUGAUCAAUCAAAAGGUGCCUUAUGGUGAAAAUGUAAUUUUCACACUCCUCCCCAUAUGCCCCUCUAGGUAUGUGUCAAAGGACCAAAUGUCUUCAAGGGAUACCUGAAGGAUCCGGAGAAAACAGCAGAGGCGAUCGAUGAAGACGGGUGGCUGCACACAGGAGACAUUGGGAAAUGGCUCCCGGUAGGCGAAACAAAGAGUGCACUUCUGAUCUCUGCCGUGUGCAGGACAUGCAUCGGUUGUAACUCCCAUGUGUCCUUGUCUUUUCCUGUUUUGUUGCAGAACGGCACUUUGAAGAUCACUGACAGAAAAAAGCACAUUUUCAAGCUGGCACAAGGAGAAUACAUCGCCCCCGAGAAAAUAGAAACGGUCUACAGUCUAAGUGAUCCAGUAGCUCAGAUAUUUGUUCAUGGUGACAGCUUACAGGUGAGUCAUACAUUUGAGACUUUCUGUAUGGGACAGCGCUGCUCAGUUUCUGUCGCACUGAUCUUUUGUCAUGGUGUUGUGUUGUGUUGUUCAGGCUUGUCUGGUGGGGGUAGUGGUUCCUGAUCCAGACUUUUUGCCUCUUUGGAUCAAGAAAAAAGGGAUUGAAGGAUCCUACUCUGAACUUUGCAAAAACCUGGUGAGAUGUCUUCAUAUCAGCAGUACAAAGAAAAAGCGCCAUUUAUCCUGCAUGCUAACAUCUUUCUGUUUUAGGAUGUGAAGAAUGCCAUACUGGAGGACCUGCUCAGGCUGGGAAAAGAAGCUGGACUCAAGUCUUUUGAGCAGGUGAUUAAUGACAUGUAAUAACUUAAUGUGGCCGAAGAAAUGUCUUAAAAUCUUCUCAAGUGGUUAGAAACGUAUUAUUUUCAUCUUAAAAUUGUAGAUGAAGUGAAUGUCUCGCUCAACUCUACAAAAAUGUAGAAGUUAUAAUUAGUCAAUUGUAUCUGGAUGCUUUUCUGUGAAGCAUUUUAACCCUUUAUUGCCUUUUGUAUCAUAUUUGAUACAUACUUUUAUGAUACUUAUAUCAAAUCAUUAUGAUCAUCUAAUUACUAAAAUGACACCUGAAUACAGUCUGAUAAAUGAUAAAAAUAUCUGGUGGUUCAUCAGUUUCCAAAAAAAUUUAAUGUAUCAAACGAGAUAAAUAAAUAUGUUUGUUAAAUUUUAAGAUCAUUUUAAUUUUUUUGGUUUUCAGUCGAAAGUGAAAUAAACAUUUCAGCUCCAAAAAAAUAGAAUUUUCUGACCAUAAUUUGUGGUUUCAAGCAUUAAAAGGACUAAAGAAAACAUCUAAACUUGAAGACUUUGUAGCCUCUUGAGCUAAAAAAUGAUAAAAGAUGUUUUAAACUAUAUCUAAAAUGUAAAACUAGGAUAAUGCUGUAAUAAUACAUGGAUAUUACCAUACCUCAUUUCCUUGUUCUCAUGGGCUUUUUCUCCUCUGCAGGUGAGAGAUAUCACAUUACAUCCAGAGUUGUUUUCCGUCCAAAACGGCCUGUUGACGCCCACUUUGAAGGCUAAGAGGGCUGAGCUGCGGAGCCGCUUCAGAGAGCUCAUUGAUGAACUUUACGCCAAAAUUAAGAUGUAAGGUGGACGUGAGGAACGGUUUUUAGAAAGAGACAAUCAUUUAGAGCACAAAAAAGCUAAAAAAAAGGAGGGAUUCUCUCAACUAUCCAGCCAGUGGAUACCUGCACCGUGUUAAGGGGGUUGCCUUAAAAAACAACAAAAAAAAACAAGGUGGUAACAACCCUCAAUUUGAAGUAUGUACUGUCCCUGAUUCAUCUAAAUAUUGUGCCACUAAUUUUUUCCUGCUAUGACUGGGUUAAUAUUGCAGAUUAUGUCAUCUUUGUGACUGGUAUAAAUUAUUUAAGGUUGAAAAAACACAAAACUCCUGCCUGAACUGCCUUAACUUUCAGUAUGACUGAAUACUCCACAGUCGGAAAGGUCCAGCAAAACAUUUCUGCAAGUUUUUAUUCUUGUGUGCUGCAGAAUACAAAUCUUUUAAGCUCGCUUUGACAACAGUGACAGAUAUUGAGUAUUUAUAUACCAGACUAUUUAAUGCUUUGGCCCUGUAUUUAAGAUGAUAUUUAAUGUAAUCAUUAAACCUGUAAAUAGUGUAUCUGCUGAGAAGUCUAUUUGUAUGCAGAGUAUCGUCCCCAUUCCUAUGUUUUAAGUGCUGUAGGUCAUAGGACUGAUGAACCUGUUUUGAUGCACAAUGUAGGUGGUAGCCUCUUUGGGAAUCUUGUUGCUCGACAGGCUGUUUUGUGCCUUUUUCGGUUGUGUCUGUUUUCUUUUAAAACUGCAUGAAAACUAUUGAAUGUUGCUGUAGAUGCAGUUCUGAUGUUUUCAAGUGUCCCAUUUCAGUGCCACAGUUUGCAGGAUAAAGCUGCACACUGUCAUUUGUACAAUGCACAACACAGGUAUUCAGGGUGAAUAUUAUUGGAACUGUGGUAAACACACAGUUCAUGUGAAGUUUUUCCAAAAUUAAUUUCAUGUCCUUGUAAACUUUUUACGGAUGGUCUGGACUCUCGAGAAACGGAGCAGCACUUUAGCUGUUUGACAAAAAGUUUUGCUUUGAGUUGAAAUAUUUCAACUGAAUUAGUCACAUUGAAUCAUGCCAACGCUUUGUUAACAUUUCAAGCCAUAUUGUUUUAUAACUAUUAGAAAAUGAAAAGACGAAAGUGCAUUUUUGUGCUGCAGUUACCAGUACACUAUCUUCAUUUGUCAACUGUACCAAAUAAAUACCUUUAACAGUA